AACAGUGAGUACAGUAUGUGUAAUCACUAAAUAAUAUAAACAGAAAUGAUACGUGCAAUAUAGAUUUAAUGAAAAUAAUUAAAUUAAUUUGAGGUACCGUAGGUGUGGUAAAAUGUCGGGUGAAAUAGAUAUUUUUGAUGAUAACGAGGCUCAAAUGCCUCAGGAUCUUGGAGAUGAUGUUGUCCAAGAUGUUUUAAAGACUGGCACAGAUUUACGCCAAUAUUCCAGACAAAUUGAAAAGGAAUUAAAGGAAGUCGAAAAUAAAUCUAUUCAGGACUACAUUAAAGAGAGUGAAAAUAUAGCCAGUCUUCAUAAUCAAAUUGCUGCAUGCGAUAACAUACUAGAGAAAAUGGAAUCAAUGUUGAUGAAUUUUCAAUUAGAUCUAGGGAGCAUUAGUUCAGAAAUACUUUAUCUCCAACGUAAAUCUGUAGCAAUGAGUCAACAGUUGUCUAACAGGCAGAUAAUUAGAGGUCCUCUCAGCCAGUUUAUAGAGGAUAUGACAGUGUCAGAAGCUCUUAUAGCAGGAAUUAUGGAUUGUCCUGUAACGGAAAAAGAAUUUUUAACCCAACUGCAAACGUUAAAUCAUAAAAUCAAUUUUGUAAAGGAGCAAAGUUUUAAAGAAGCAAAAUCUUGUUUAGACGUGAAAGAUAUAUUAGAGAAGUUAAAAAUGAAAGCUUUGGCAAAGAUCAGAACGUAUCUUUUGGAACAAAUUUAUAAGUGCAGGAAACCAAUGACAAAUUAUCAAGUGCCGCAGAAUAAUAUGUUGAAAUACAAAUUCUUUUUUGAGUUUGUUUUAGCGAACGAACGAAACGUAGCGGAAGAAAUUUGUGGAGAAUAUAUUAGCACAAUGAGUAAAAUAUAUUAUUCAUAUUUUAAAUCAUAUUCUUCAAGAUUAAUGAAAUUACAGUUUGAGGAAGGAGCAACUAAAGAUGAUUUAAUGGGAGUUGAAGAUAACGUGGGAAGAGGCAUUUUUCACAAAACUACAUUAAAACACAGGGGUACUGUAUUUUCUAUAGGUAACAGAGGUGAUGUUUUAAAUUCUCAAUUGGAAGCGCCUAUAAUUGUACCUCAUACUGCCACAAAAACAAGAUAUCAUUACGAAGCUCUUUUCAGAAGCGAACAGUAUGCUUUAGUAGAUAAUGCUUGUCGAGAAUACUUGUUUUUAACCGAAUUUUUUAAAGUUCGUGGUGCACAAGCAAUGGAUAUUUUUAAUCAGGUAAUGGGAAAGACAUUAAACUUGAUGGUGAAAAAUUUGCAAUCUUUUGUGGAUGAUUGCUAUGAUACAAUUGCUUUAUUCCUUUGCUUACAUUUAGUGAUGCGUUAUCAAUUAACUUGUCAUAAAAGAGCGGUGCCGGCUUUGGAUAAGUAUUGGGAUAACAUGACAUCAGUAAUUUGGCCUAGAUUUGAGUAUGUUUUCCAGUUAAAUAUUCAAAGUAUAAAGGAUUGUGAUCCGUUAAAAUUAACCAGAGAAACUGGACCGCACUAUAUUACAAGAAGAUAUGCUGAAUUUAGUGCUGCAAUGGUUAGCGUAGUCGAGGGAUUUCCUUGCGAAGGGGCGACACAGUUAUUAGCAGAAUUAAGGGAAGCUGUUCAGUAUUUCUUAUUAAGAAUGGCAGCUACGUUUCCUGAUAGAACUCAACAAUUAGUUUUUCUCAUUAAUAACUAUGAUUUGGUUCUUGGUGUUUUUAUGGAAAGAACCCGAGACAAUUCAAAAGAGGCUGAAAGUUUUCGGGAUCAAUUAAAUGCACGUUCAUCGGAAUACGUUGAGGAAAUUUUAAGUCCAUACUUUGGUGGUAUAAUACAAUUAGUGAAAGAAUCAGAGGCUUUAACCGAGAAAGAUCAAGCAGAUGAUUUAAAAAGACAAGAGGGAAAAGCAUUAGCGCUGGUACAGUCUUUUACAAAUAAUUGGAAAAGGGCGUUAGAAGAAAUUAAUCGCGAGGUACUGAAAUCAUUUCCCAGUCUGGUACUGGGAACAGCGUUGUUUCAACGUGCAAUGACACAAUUAGUGCAAUAUUACAACAGACUUCACAAGAUAUUACCGCCAAAUGCGCGAACUCAGUUGACUAAUAUUCAUCACAUAAUGAGGGAAAUUAAGAAAUACAAAACGAAUUAUUAAAAAAGCUGAACAACAAUUUUAUUGUUGUUUACCAUAGAUUUCAUUAUUGCUAUAUGUUUAACGUAAACACAUGACAGUAAGCAUAAUAUGUUAAACAAUGUUGAUUUUUCAACAAGUUUGAUAUAAACGAAUAAGUAAUAGAUAACAGUUUAGAAAAUAUAAAAUUUCUUGGUAAAGGUUUUUCCUUGAUCGAAUAAUAGUAAAUAUUUGUAAAUAAUUUAGUGUAUUAGUGCAAUAUAAACAAUAAUGAAAUGUAUUAGGCAGUGAAAAACACUGAAUGUUUAUUUAUAAAAGAAUAAAAACUACAGUAAUACUAA